CCCAGUUGGUCUCUGCAUCCAGUUCGUUCCAGCCGCACUCUGUGGAAAGGAGUUGCUCUUCAGGUCGUCAGGAUUUGGAAUCAAUGAGAUAAACUAGCCAGCCAAGUGAAAUUGAAAGGUGGCAGCAGCAGAGAGGAGAGCUGUCAUUGACUGCAGGGUUUUUGCGGAAUUCAGUGUGUUGAUUACAACCGCACGCGGAACAGUAUACUAAAGUUUAAUUGCUGGCUGAGAACAAUUUAUUAAAGUGGAUUGCGACCCAAAAACGAAUACCGAACAGGCAGGUUGUGAUUGUGAUGGGAAUUUAAACUCUCGCACCCCUUGGGUGUCAGUGAGUCAUGAGGCACUCUCUUGUUCUCUCAAGAGCUCUUCUCAUUGCCUGCUGCCUGAUGGGCAUCUUCUGCAACCCAACAAUCCCCCUUCCGAUGAGCCAGGAGAGGCUGGAGCAUGCCUUGACCCAGAGCAAAGACGACCAAGCAUCCAAGAGUGGCCUGAGCCAGGCCAUGCAGGACCAACUCAAAGAGAUCACGAGAAUUAGCAGAGAGGAGGCGGCAAAGGAUGGGAAAAAUAAGGGGAACAAACCCAGCUGGGGUAAACAGAGGCCAGGCUGGAGUCAGGAUCUGGGGGUCAAGAGCGAGAGGCCCCCGGGGGACCAGGUGCAACAAGAUGAAGAUGCAAUAGAGCAGGUAGAUGAGGGGCCAAUCCCCGGGGCCAGUUUCGCUCCUGACACUCUGGAUGAAUAUGCCUACCCAGACUACCGUGGGAAGGGCUGUGUGGACGAGAGCGGCUUUGUGUUUGCCAUUGGGGAGAAGUUCACUCCGGGGCCUUCUACCUGCCCUUGUCUUUGUACCGAGGAAGGGCCCCUCUGUGCCAAACCAGAAUGCCCGAAAGUCCACCCUCGCUGCAUCCGCGUGGAUACCAGUCAGUGCUGCCCAAGGUGUAAGGAAAGGAAAAACUACUGUGAAUUCAGGGGCAAGACCUACAAAUCUCUGGAGGAGUUUAAGGUUUCCCUGUGUGAACAGUGCCGUUGUGAGUCUAGCGGGGAGGUGCUGUGCACACUCGCAGCGUGUCCACAGACUGAAUGUGUUGACCCAGAAUACGAGCCUGACCAGUGCUGCCCGAUGUGCAAAAGCGGGCCAAACUGCUUUGCUGAUAACACAGUAAUACCAGCUGGCCGGGAAGUGAAGAUCGAUGAUUGCACAAUAUGCUACUGCACAUAUGAAGAAGGCACUUGGAGGAUUGAACGACAAGCCACCUGCAGCAAACACGAAUGCAAGCUAAGCUAGAUAUCAUCUUCAGAUAUGGAACACCGCACUGGUAGUGACGCCUUUAUUCAAAUGUAUUCCCAGCCACGGUCUGACCCAUUCCAAAUGCUCUGUAGGAGUUUGAUGGCCUGAAUCACUCUGCAUACUAAGGAGCAACAGCAAUGCCUAGUGAUCUAAUAAUUUUCAUCUUAAAAUUGUAAUCACCUCAACUUUCUAUGAAUUUUAUAAUCCCAUGUAAGGGAUUUUAAUGGACUGUUAGUAUAGCCAGUACAGAACCAAAACCUCUUUUUGUAUAGGAUCAGAAACUUUUUUAAUACGUUAUGAAGUUAAGGAAAGUUCCAAAAACACCCUUUAGAAUGUAAAGAAUUCAUUACUUUUAUGAAAUUACCAAACCUGGCCUUGUAUUUGAAUUAGCACCACUUAUAUUUAUAACCGGUGAGCUAGAUUCUUAAAGCUAUUUACUCCUUAUUGUUGUUUGCAUUACUUUUUCGGAAAAACGGAAAAAAAAAAAACCAGAAAGAGAUAACUCAGACAUUUGUUGUAGUGGUAGUAGUCUUAAGUUGUUUCUUACUUAUUUUAAUUGUAAUUGGUGCUUAUGAUGAUUUGGAGAAAGCAUGUGUAAGCUGUCGGACUGACUUUCAGCAACCAUAAGUAUUUAGAACCAGUAUACACACACACACACACACACACACACACACACACACACACACACACACACACAAAUAUGCUUGACUAUUUGAGAUGUGUGGGAAAAAUAAAGUAGUUUGUCCUACAUCACUUCCCCUUUAAGGUUGUAUGGCUUACCUUGACCUAAUGAAUUUUACUUUUCAAUUUUGUAAUUACACUAUGUGUUUUAAAGAUAAUUUCAUUUUAUUUUUUAUUUAUUUAUUUAUUUUCAUUUCUUAAUAGCCUGCUAUGCAGAGUUGUUUGGGUGAAUGGUACAGUAAACUUUGCCUUUGAGCCAGAUCAUUCCUGCAGUACCUGUAUUACCUAUAAGGUGGUGCGGUAUAUUUUUCAUUACAUUCCAGGAUGCUGUUCAGAUUUCUCAAGAUUUUGAUGGAAUGUAGAAAUUAUUUUGCACAAAAGAUGAAAGGUCUGUAUAUAGUAAGCUUUACCUUAUAGACGCCACACUAGACAGAUAAGGCAUUAAGGGAAAGUGUAGUCUGCAUUAUCUGCACACCCCUAAUGCUUUUUGCAUUGUUCUUUUCCAAACGAAUGAAAUUCAGUAUACCUCAGUUCCAUCAGAAUUUACAUCAGUACAGUGUGAAGUAAAUUAGUUAAAACAAAUAUUACACGUAUAUGAGCCCUGUUCACAAAACUCAAUGGACUAUUUUAAGGAAUGGGCUGUUUUUGAACUGUAAACAGUGCUGGGGGAAAAAAGAAAACAGACUAAUAGACCUUCUCUAAAAUAGACAAACAAGGUAUCUAUUCACAAAACUUUAGUUUUUGUUUAUCAAUAUUUAAUUUAUUAUUAUUGGAGCUGACUUUUGUCAUGGUCUUUUUCCAGUGUGUUUCUUAUGAAUAAAAUAAAGUCUGUAUAAUAAGGCUGUUUUUGGCAUCUUUAAAAACAACAAUAGAUUGGUGACUAUCAAGCUGUAUGUUAUUAAUAAAAAGAAAAAUGUUGGAAACAAGGCUCUACCUUCUCAAUGCCAUUUACUCCAAAUAAUCAAAAAAAUAAUAAAAAAAUAUGUAUCUUACAGGAUUUUUUAUACUCAUUUUAGAAUUGGAAUUGGCACUAUGGCAGAAGAAAAAAAUCCAAACUCUUUAAAGUUUUGUAAAUAGGGCUCUAUAAUCAGCAAUGUAGAUUCCCUUUUUUAUUGAAUGUGAAAAAAAUGUAUACAAAGGGUUGUUACAAAACAUACACUUGGUACAGUGCUGCAGAUUAACUAAUGGCUAAAUGUAACUCAUUCAAAUACAGACAAAAAAAAAUUAUACUAUUUCAAAUGUUUGGAAAACCAUCUGAGCUUGAUCCUUUUGACUUUCAAGACUCAAUAAAAUUGAAUAAUAUUAACAAGAAUGUAAAUUUCGGAAAUAACAAUGUUAAUUUCCUAUUUGGAAACACUGAGAAUAGUUUUACACUUACAUUAACAGGGUUGCAUAUAAGUCUAUUGACUACUCUGAGAAUCUCAACCAUAAAACACUCAAUAGUAGUAAAAAUUCAAUGACAUUAGUUUCAACUAGAUUGAGGGAAUUCACUAAACUUGUCACUAUUGUGUUAUAGGAAUUUUUUUUGUCACAACUUAAGCAAAUGCUUGUCAUAGAUUGUAAUAACUGGGUUGUUUAUUUGAAGUUUUGUAAUGUCAGUUACUGUUUUUCUGCCGUUUAGAAAUGGUGCUAAUGAAAUUGUAGUAAAUGGCUUUGUGAAUUCCACCCACCUCUCAGUGUGUUCAACUUUGAGAAUCUAGAACACAAUAGGGCUUCUUUAUACUAGCUUCUUAUUGAGUCUGUAAGAAUGACAACAAAGGGUUUAAAAUGCAUUCAAAUCACAGUGAUUUGAACUAAGCCUGCUUUGUUGUGGCAUGAAGUGAUGGGCUCCAAUGGUAAUACUGCAACAGAAUUCAUUAAGCGUCAACAAUUUUGCAUACAUGCUUUUAUUUAUUUAUUUAUUGUGCUACGAAAAUCCCAUAUCCUCUUGUUUGAUUUCCUGGUACACCAUUAACAUAUUAAUAAUAAAUGAUUUGAAAAGGUGAAAAGAACCCUGUAUUAAAUUCAAGUUCAGUGAAAGAGGGUGUACAAAUAUAUUGUGUUCCACCUGUUCGUAGUGUAGAUGCAAACCAAGUUUGCUGUACCUGCACACGGCCGACAUUAGAUGUCAUUAGAAUAUUAAAUGCGCUACUGAAAUGGAAUAUUUUUCAUACUUGAGACUGAGAGGUAAUCAAGGGUCUAUGUGUUGUGUGUUGUAUUGUCAUGCUCCUACAGAGAAAUCAAGUGAUGGAACAGAUUGCUUUCUGGGUGUUGGUUUAAUUGGCAGAACUGUUUCUCUGUUGCUUAUUUGAUGUUACAUAUUCUAUUUAAUAAGUAAAAUACUAAACAAAAGCUAUUUUGUACAUAAUGCUAAAUGUAGCUUUCUGUAUUCUUUUAAUUAAACUUAGCAAUAAAACAUGUGCACUCUGUUUUGUCACAAAUGAAAUCUGUGUUAUUUGAUUAUGGAUGUUUUUUGUAUUAAUCCUUAGGCAGUGGCUAUU